GGACCAGACCCCAUUCCGUUUUGGUUAUCUCUCACUCUUUCAACUCUUUCUCUUUCUCUUUCUCUUUCUCUCCCAACCCCAUCUAUCAUUCUAUCUCUCUCUCCAAACCACACCACCAAAUUCCAAUGCAUCUUCCUUCUUAUUUCAAUCACUGCUACUAUUACUCUUUCAUGCUUUUGCUUCUCCAUAUUUGAAUUCAUUUUCCCUGAAUCUCUUUCUAUCUGAUAGGGCAAAAACAAAACCCUAGCCUAGGAUAUAUCUCAGACAAAAACCUCCUUCGUUGGGGUGGCGUGGGUGGAUAAUUCAACUGCUCCAGCACAGAAGAAGAGAGGAGAUGGAAGGAGUACCGCACCCAGUACCCAGAACUGUCGAAGAGGUUUUCACCGACUUUAAGGGCAGACGCUCUGGUUUGAUUAAGGCCCUCACCACCGACGUUGAAAAGUUUUACCAGCAGUGCGAUCCUGAGAAGGAGAAUCUGUGUCUAUAUGGGUUUCCAAAUGAAACUUGGGAAGUAAAUUUGCCUGUCGAGGAAGUGCCUCCUGAACUUCCUGAGCCGGCAUUAGGUAUAAACUUUGCCAGGGAUGGCAUGCAAGAGAAGGACUGGCUAUCACUGGUUGCAGUUCACAGUGACUCAUGGCUGCUUGCUGUUGCUUUUUACUUUGGUGCCCGCUUUGGAUUUGGUAAGAAUGAAAGGAAAAGGCUUUUUCAGAUGAUAAAUGAUCUGCCAACAAUCUUCGAACUUGUGACUGGAAGUGUUAAGCAAUCAAAGGAUCAACCUGCUGCUCACAACAAUGGUAGCAAAUUCAAAUCAAGUGGAAAGUCCCGUCAGUCUGAAUCUCAAGCCAAGGGGAUGAAGAUGUCUGCACCACCUAAAGAGGAGGAUGACAGUGGAGAUGAAGAAGAAGAAGAUGACGAACAAGGUGCAACAUGUGGUGCUUGCGGUGAUAAUUAUGGCACUGAUGAAUUCUGGAUCUGUUGUGAUAUGUGUGAAAGAUGGUUCCAUGGUAAAUGUGUUAAAAUCACUCCCGCUAAGGCUGAGCACAUCAAGCAAUACAAGUGCCCUAGCUGCAGUAACAAAAGGGUUAGAGUUUGAAAGCUCUAACCUUUGGACCCAUCAGCAAUUAAACAGACAAGAUUUAGAAUGUUUGAUAACAUUUUUACAAGUGAAAAUUGCUUCCUGUUCUAGUCAAUGGUGCACUUUAAUGACUAUGCAGAUGGAAUUUCAAGUUUUGCUACUGUGUUCAUUCCUACUGUCUAAUCUUCUUGGGAAUUGUGUUAAGUAGUCAUUGACAACAAAGAUAUUAUAUAAAUAUAUUAUGCAGUUUCUGGUUUUGAUUUAA